UCCAACAAAACAAAUAUCCAAACCCUACACUCAUAUAUAUACUCCCCCUUCACUCUACUCUCCGAUCACAUCACUUAAACAGCUACCAUGGCCACCACCACUCUCCUCUCUCUCACCGCCACCCUCCUCCUCCUCCUUUCUCUCCAAAUCCAAGCCCAGACCCCUACCGCCCCAGCUCCGGCACCCCCCGGCCCGGUCAAUGUAACCGGAAUUCUCGACAAAAAUGGCCAAUUCACCAUAUUUAUCCGUCUUUUAACGUCAACUCAAGUAGCUGACCAACUUGAAAACCAACUUAACAGCACAACUGACGGAUUCACCGUAUUUGCUCCGACCGAUAACGCCUUUAACAGCCUUAAAGCCGGUACUAUUAAUGGUCUCAACAAUCAAGAACAAGUUCAGCUUAUUUUAGCUCACAUUGUACCUAAAUACUACACUUUGAGCAAUCUUUUACUCGUUAGUAACCCGGUUAGAACUCAGGCCACCGGCCAAGACGGCGGCGUUUUUGGUCUGAACUUUACCGGCCAAGGGAACCAAGUUAAUGUAUCGUCCGGAAUGGUCGAGACUCAGAUCAACAAUGCUUUGAAUCAAGUAUUUCCGUUGGCGCUUUACCAAGUUGACAAGGUUUUGUUGCCUGAGGAGCUGUUUGGAGUUAAGCCACCGUCGGCUGCUCCGUCCACGCCGGAGAAAAAGCCAGCACCUGGUGGCUCUUCCACUAACGGUACGGUGGCUUCGGAACCGUCGUCUGAUAAAACACCUUCAGGCAGCGGAAGGAUAAAUGUGGGUUUUGGAUUUGUUGUUGGGUUGGGGUUGGCUUGCAUGGGAUUAGUUCUUUCUUGAGAGAGGGGUAAAAUUGUAAUUGGUGUCUUGCAUUUUGGCUGGUUUUUCUCUGUAUAUUUCACACAUUAUUGUUUUUUGUACUUUGUGGAUUGAUUCUUUUUCUGAAUAUUUAUUACUUUGAUCAUCAUAA